CCCCUGAUGCGCACGUGACCAAAUGAUUGGUGGGAAAAUAGUUUCUUUGAUGAACUGACCAUUUUGCUGCUCUCUGAUGGGAUCCAUCUUAUUUUUGCCCUGCACUCAACUGAUGCAGUCAUUUGUGAGCCUCUCUCGCUGAGACAAGACGCUGGCGCGUUCGGAGGAAGGAAAACUCGUUUCUUGCCGUGACCGAGAGACCCUCCAAAUGAUGCCGACCCAGCGACACUUGUUGCGGCCCAACUCCAACCUUGGAAUUGCGACCACGUUGAUGUUGCGUCCGAAUCCGGUCCCGGAAGGUGUCUUCGGGUUACCGCAGCCGGCCGUGGCCCCAGCCGUUAAGCCCGAGAUGCAGCCACGACUCGCCGGCAUCAUCAACAGAGAGGCGUUAGACAGAAGAGGGGACGACAUGGCCUUCGUCAGCAAUGUGGCCAGGCUCGAGUUUGCAGACGGGGCCACCAACUGGGGUCGGGUCGCCAGCCUGCUGGCUUUCGCCGCCGUGCUGUCUCAGGCCUUGAAGGAGAUGCGGCGGGAGGGGUGUGUGGCGCUCGUGGCCCAGGAGGUGUCCACCUACCUGCUGUCGCAUCAGCGCACCUGGCUCGUGCAGCACAACGCAUGGAACGGCUUUGCAGAAUUCUUCGAGGAAAAUGACGUGGAGUCGAGAAUGAGGAUCGUCCUCGCCGCCUUCGGCGGUUUGGCCUGCAUCUUGGCGUCGGUGCUCAGUUUGCUCCGUUGAACUCUGAGGACCGUUUGGCGUAUCAGAAUCCCAAGCAACAACUUCACAAAGAUUAAGUGAUAUGGACCAUUUUUGUAGUUUGAUCAACAAUGGGAAAGACACACGCACAAAAACCAAAUGUCAUUUUUUUA